AUUCAUUUAUCUUCUUCAUUCCUUCCAUCACUUUUCUCAUAAACCUCUCAUUCCACCAUGUUUGAACAAUCUUCCACUGCAUCACCCAUUCCUUCACCUUCUUCUUCUUCUUAUCUCUUCCCUCACCUCACUCAAUUCGACACCCUCCCCCAACUCAACAACUCCCACACCAGUUACUGCUACAACAAUUAUGGUGGCUAUAGCAGUAACUGUAGCAGUGGCUAUAGCAGUUAUGGUGCCUCUCCCACUUCUGUUCCCACCUUUAUGCAGAGGAGUGUCAGUAGUAACUCCUUCAACUACACCAACAAUGCCACCCACCACCCUCUUUCUGCUUUCUUCGCCGAAUUGCUCGACUCUCGUGAUGCUCCUGUUAGGAGAGUUUGCAGCACCGGUGAUCUCCAGGGGAUUAAUGGAACUCAACACAAUCACCUCUCGGAUAGUCCGUUAUCAAGCGAAAGCAGCAUGAUCAUAGAAGGUAUGAACAGAGCUUGCAGAUAUAGCCCAGAGGAGAAGAAGGUGAGAAUUGAGAGAUACAGAAGCAAGAGGAACCAGAGGAAUUUCAACAAGAAAAUUAAGUAUGCUUGCAGGAAAACAUUGGCAGACAGCAGGCCACGCAUCAGAGGAAGGUUUGCAAGGAAUGAUGAAAUUGACAAGAACAGUUCAAUUCAGUGGAGCCAAAGUGGUGGAGAUGAAGAGGAUGAAGAAGAUGAGAAUUGGUUCACCAUCUUAGAUUCCUUAGUUGCAGCAAAUUUUGCUCAAGAGUCUCAAGGAAGUUGUUCCUCCUAUGGUGUAUUCUACUAGAAUAAAAUUGCAUGUUUGAUGAGAUAACUCAGUUGUUUUUCCAUGUUGAAAGAAGUAUUGUGGUGCACUUUGUUUAGGUUAGAUAAAAGUAGUAAUGUAAAUAUAGUUCUCUGAGUCGUCAAUGCAAUUAUUAUUAGCCUUUUAAUCUAGGGUGAUGUUUUUGAGUGCCCUGUAACUUUUUAUAGGAUUCAGCAGCAAUGUAUUAUUAGAUGAAAACUUUGGCAAUAGUUGUUGUACUUGUGGUUAAAGUCUGCACCAUGUAUUAUCACAUCCCUUUUGUUGAAGCACUUGCUUGAAAAGAGAAUAGAAAGUGACCAUCACUUCCAUUGCA